UAACAUUGGCUGGAGGACACAUUUUAGUCUAAUUCUGCUAAAACUGUAAAGCGAUAAGACUACACUUGGGCUCUUUUGGCAGCAGAGUCUGUGUGUGAACAUGGAGACAGUCAGCAUGUUAGUGAUUGUCCUGUUUGUUUCAGGUGCUUUGGCUGGUUGUACUGAUGAAACAGCACUCUCCAUAACUGCACCAAAGAAGCUGGAAGCACUGAGUGGAUCUUGUUUGCAAAUCCCAUGUAGCUUCAGACCCAAAGAAGAACAGAAAUUUAACAACACAAAAAAAACCUUUGGAGUGUGGAUUAAAACUCAAUCCCAAUUUGGCAAUAAUCCAAACAAUGUGAUCUUCAACAGUAGUGAACCAGUUAGCAUCUAUCCAAUGAGUAUUACUGGGAACCUGAGUCAGAGAGACUGCACCACUCUGUUUUCUAAUUUAACCACCACAUACACAGACACAUACUUCUUCAGAGUAGAGAGUGAACCAUUCAAGGCAACAGCUCGUUGUGAUCCUCUUCAAAUAACAGUCAGAGAUUCUCCUUGGAGGCCCAAUAUUACAAUCCCAGGUGAUCUGAAGGAGAAGGAGUCUGUCACUAUAACCUGCUCAGCUCUCACUCCCUGUCCACACUCCCCUCCUCAACUCACCUGGAAUCUCACACAAGACUCUCACAACAUAACAGAGAAAAAUACAGAUGGAAGCUUUACAACUAAAAUCCAGCAGACCAUCACUCUGUCAGACACACAUGAUGGAAAGAAGAUCAGCUGCUCUGCCAGAUAUCCUGUGAACCAAGGAAACAACAAGGCAGCAGAGACAGAAGAGACUCUCAGUGUUUCAUAUGCUCCUAAAGACACCUCAGCAUCCAUCAGUCCAUCAGGUUUGGUGUCAGCAGGCAGCUGGGUGAAGCUGACCUGCUCCAGCAGAGCCAAACCUCCAGUCAGCAGCUUCACCUGGUUCAAGAAGAGCAGAGAUGGAGCUGUGAAAGUAUCUGAAGGAGAGAUUUACAGCUUCAAUGUAACAGAUGGAGGAGUUUAUUACUGUGUGGCCACUAAUGAUCUGGGUAAUCAGACAUCAGCAGAGAUUCACGUGACUGUUGGAGAGUCCACACUGGGCCUACUUCUUGGAGGAAUCUCUGGGAUCAUCUUACUCAUUUGUUUGAUAAUCUUUCUUUGGUGGUUAAAGUCAACACAUCAAACUCAACAACACAUCCAGAUCCAAUCACAUGAAGAGCAGGUUGUUGAAGGGUCAGUAAAUAACACAGAAAAAGAGGAAGAAAACAUCCAUUAUGGAGAGAUCAGCUUCUCUAAGCUGGGAUUUGAAGCAUCCUCUGACUCAGUGCAGGACAGAGGACAGCAGCAGGAUACGGUGUACGCACAGGUGAAAGUCAACAAGCCAGUAAACAGCUUAACACAGAGAGCUCAUGGCCAAGAGGAACUCUACGCUGAGGUGAAGAAAAAAUGAGAAGUAUGUGUUUACAAACUGUAAAGAAUGAAAUAUGAAUGUGGAGCUUUUACGUGAAAAUGUGUCAUAGUCACUGCCAAACCGUUCAGUGAAGUAAAAAAAAAGCUUUUUUUAUGUUCACCCUCCUGUAGUAAUUUCAUACGGCUGUUUUCAGAUUUUGACCUCUUAUGAUAUUAAAUAUGCGUAAAUAGAAGUUGCAGCAGUUCAGCAGGGAACGGUAAAGUGACUGGUACUUAUAUGCAGUGUUGGUCAAGUUACUUGAAAAAAGUAAUUAGUAACUAAUUACUGAUUACUUCUCCAAAAAAGUAAUCCUGUUACUUUACUGAUUACUUAUUUUCAAAAGUAAUUAGUUACUUAGUUACUUUUAAAAAACAUUAUACUCAACCUGAAUACGCAAUAAAGCAAUAGGCCUUUCAGACCAAUUCCAUUUUUUAUGCAUAAUCUAUCAUAUAAAACUGAAUCAAAUGGAAAGCCUCUUUUUAAAAAUAGUUUUAUGAGUUUUAAUCUUUUAAUCUUAUGCACAUUGCAUUAAGCAAUAAUUAAAUUAUAUGCAACUGUCUUUGACUUGAAGAAAUUCUUUAACAUUUAAACCCAUUUUCUGCAUAUUCCAGCAUAUAAAAUAAAAUAAUGUUUUGUGUCUACACUCGCUCUUUCUAGUAGAUGCAAGAAAAACACAGCAAAAAAUAAAUAAAAUCAAAGAUUAAGCGGCACAUGUUUUCACGUGUUUAGCAGGAGUGGGGCCGGUGGAGGUUUGCCCAGUGCUGCAGUGGUGAUGUCAGCAGGAGGAUCCGGGGGUUUCUCUGUGCAUUUCACAUUCCGUGGCAGCGUGCUAGGUGCUUGCUCAGAUUUGAAGUUUAAUUUUUGCUGUAGAAAGAUGUUUUCUUCCAACGCAGCGUGUACAGCGGAUGCUAAUGUUUUUGUCUCUUUUUACGGACUAAAACUUAAAGUUAUGUAAGUACUUCCAAGCUUUAAAUGCUGCACAGUCAUACUCUCUCCCGCACUCCAUAUUAUCCAUUGUUGAUACACACUUCUGUUGCUGCCACGGACGUGACAUGUGCUUACAUCAUUGUAAUGAGAUACUCUCACAAACAAAAUCAUGGCGGUUUGGUAACGCAGUAACUAGCACAGUAACGAGCUAAGUGGAAAGUAACAGUAGUCUAUUUACUUUUUUGCAAUAGUAAUCAUUUACAGUAUUCGUUACUUGAAAAAAGUAAUCAGAUUAUAUAGCACAGUCUGACUUAUUUUGAGCUUCUAAAAUAAAUCUUACUACAAGGCUGACCCACUCAGUCAAACACAUACACUACAAUGCCAAAACUAUUUGCCUUCACACCCAUGUGAACUUGAGUGACAUCCCAUUCUUAAUCCAUAAGGUUUAAUAUGAUGUUGGCCCACCGUUUGCAACAAUAAUAGUUUCAACUCUUUAGUGCAGGCUUUCCACAGGUUUAGGAGUGUCUUCUUCCAGACACACAUUUGUGAGGUCAGACACUGAUGUUGGAUAAGAAGGCCUGGUUCACAGUCUCCACUCUAAUUCAUCCUAAAGGUGUUUGGUAAGGACUCUGUGCAGGCCAGUCAAGUUCUCCCACACAAAACUCGCUCAUCUAUGUCUUUAAUCCACCAUUCUCUUUGCAACCACCGAAGCCAAAUUUGUCCAUCAGACU